AUGGGAGAUAGGGUUCGUCUUAUUGAAUAUUAUUUACUGGGUUUCCUUCUGGCAAAUCAUGAAGCAAAUCAGAAGGAAAUCGAAGUGAUGCCGCGAGCAAGUGGAAACCAAGCUACGGCACAAGAUCUCAUCCAAGAUAAAGUAUCCUCCUAUUUAUCGUCAAUUGUAGAUGAAGAUCAGUCGAAUGAUAGGAUAGCUUCCGAGGCAUUGCCUAGAGUACAAGAACUAAAUCCAUGUGCUCAAAAAUUGCUCAGCUGCGAUGAAGAAACAGCUCCAAUAUGGUGCAUAAGAUGUCUUUAUGCCCAUCAGCAAUUAUUUAACGAUACCAUUCCAGAUCUCAUGCAAGCGAUUUUCGCACAGAUUGACAUAGUUACCGAUGGUCUUUUGCAAGAGGAAGAUUUUCCAUCGCUACUUUGCUGUCAAGUCUACGUGGAAUUUUCUCACUUGAAACGGUGUUACUGUGGUUAUUUUGAAGCUAAGAAAUUGCUUCGAAAAGCUGAGUCUGUGAUCGGCUUAAAGUUGGAGCUAAAAGGUCGAUUAGGAAAACGUACUCGUUUUCAGGAAAAAAAAUUGGCUCAACUUACCGCUUCAAUAAAGUGCGAAACGCUGAAAGGUACUGGUAUCCAAAGCAAAAAUUACUUAAAAGCGUAUAAUAGAGCAAUAAAGCAAGGAAAGCGUCGCAAUAAUUUGAUUCGUGCUAUGUUUGUUGGGCCUCGUAAUGUCGAAGAAUCGCCUCAAGUUACCAAAGAACUUGAUGACAAUCCAAACUUCAAGAAGCAGAUUAUCGAAACACCCAUAUUAAGUAAAGAGAAUGCACAAGCUGCAACAGACGAAUCAUCAUUAAAUAACGUAUGCCUCGUCUCUUCUGAUACAACCCAAAGCGACAAUCUAAUAGUAUCGAUCUCAUCUCAAGUUACUAAGAUUUCGCUAGAGAGUGAAUUUAAUUCGAGCACAAUGCAAAACGACCUUCAAGACUAUUUUGUAUCCAUUACGAAAGACAACAAAGAUGCAAAAGAGGAUAGAAAAUAUGCUAAAAUAUGGGAUUUCGGUGGCCACUCUGUCUAUCACGUUACCCAUCGGCCGUUUAUAUCCGCUAAUAAUAUUUAUAUUCUUGUCUUUAACAUUACCCAAAAUAUUAAUGGCAAACGUAAUAUCUACUCUUCAGGUAUUAUUUUUAAUUGUAAACCUGAAGAUAAUAACUUAGCUACGCUAUCUCAACGUCGAGAAUGUUGUCAUCGUUUACAUCUCAUUAUUAAAGAAUUUGUUCUAUCCUUAUCAUUUAUUCGUAAUCCAAUUCCUAUCAGGUGGUAUAUUAUGGCUACAAUACUCAAUACAUCUUUUCACAGAUAUGAAAAUCAAGAGUCAUCAUCCGUAAUUAAUCAAAUUAGAGCAGCUCGUGUUCGUGAUAUUAUGACUAUGCAAGAUGUAACAUUAUUAGCUCAAGAUUAUAGGUUGUAUGAAAGUGAAGAGGAGCUAAAAGCGAUGCUAAUGUAUUUACACGACUUAGGAGAGAUUAUAUUUUAUCAGAAAGCGGGCGAUAACGGAAUUAUUAUAACUAAUGUCGAUCGGUUAUUAGAUAUAUUUCGCGCGAUCAUUCAGUUAGAUGAAUGUUUAAGCGGAAGUUUAGAAUUAAAAUCUGAAUACAAGAAAGCGAGCCAAACCGGAAGACUAUCAAGGGUGUACAUCGAAUAUUCUCUUAAAAAAUUUAAGUUAGAUGAAAAUAGCAAGAAUUGUAUAUUAAAUUUGAUGGAAACAUAUGAUAUUAUUUGUUCGAUUAGAAAUGAUAAUAUCGAAAAUAGAGAAGAUAGUCAAUACUUUGUUCCAUAUUUACUUCGUCCCGAUGUGAAACCUUUUGAUUUAAGCAGAUUUCAUAAGUCGGAUUGGCUAUAUAUCGGCUACUCGUACAAAGAAGUUCCUCAUAUUCCAGAUGGAAUUUAUUAUUGUUUACUGUCAUCGUGCUUAAGAGAAUGGAAUAAUACAAAGGUAGAAAUAUGUUAUCAAUGCGCUAAAUUUUAUCUGAAAGAAGAUCACUACUACCUUAUCGUUAAAAAAGAGCAAUCGUACAUAGGCUUACGAUAUUGUUAUCAAAAAAUGGCCGACGCUAAAACUGACCGAAUGUUUAAGAGCAAAAUCAGAGACUGUAUACGCGAAAAGCGUCCUCACGAUAUUGUACUGAAGAAAUUGUCGUCUAUAGUUGCUGAAAGGAUGCCCAAGUUUUACAAUGCGACAUGUUAUUUUCACGUCCAAUGUCCAGAAUGUCAUAAAUUAACUAAAAUAACGAGUAAAUGUAGUCUAGAAGGUAAUAAGAUGACUGAAUGUGAAUAUUGUAAUGAAUUCUUUUCAAGUCAAUCUGCAAAGGAUUGGAAAAUUGAUGAGGAGGAGCCAGAAAUAUCCGUUUCGAAAGAAGUAGAUCCUAAAGAAGUAGAUAUCAGGCACUAUUUUUCUUGUAUUGCAAAUUUAAUCGAAACGGACUGGAAAAAGUUAGCAGCUGUAUUAGAUCCGAAAAUUAGUACUAAAGUUAUCCAAGAACAAAAUCGAAACGAUGUAUUUGGCCAAGCGAUAGAACUACUAAAUAAAUGGUACAAUAAAUAUCCACAUGUUGGUAUUCGUCGUCUAGAAGUCGCCUUGAGACGCAUAGGAAGAAGCGAUAUUGUUACUCGUAUUAAUCAAAUUAAUCAAGAAUUAAAUAUAUAAAUAUAAAUUUUGUAAUAAUUUUACCAUUAUUUGCUUCUAAAACGAGCUAAAUAGUGAAAAAUGCAUAAAAAUUAACUAGGAUUAUCAGAGCUGUUCUCGUUAUAAUUCAACUUACGUAAAAGAAAUUGCUAGCAGCUUUUACUCAUUGGUAGCUAUUAUAUCGCCUAACUAAUUUACACUGAAAUUUGGAAUACUUAUUGUUCAAGAUUUGAUAGUAACUAUUUUUAUACUCGUCUGUUGUGAAAUAAUCACUUUCAUAUUAGCAGAUUUUGUUGUGUGUGUAGAAGUAUUGAUCAAUUGAUAAAAAAAAUUAUACUAGUUAAUUUUGUAACUGGAAAUAAAUACAAUGCAAUUUGGG